AUGUCUCCGCUAGUGAAGGGACACAACGACAGGAACAGCUCGCAAAAGCCGCUGCGAUUGACCGCGCCGCCACCGGCGCACACUCUGGAACUGCGAACGAGUAGAGCGCGGUUUAGUGGUUGUGUGGGCAGAAGGAGCAUUUGGCUGUGUGUGCUGUCGCCACUGCGCCUGCGUGGUGUGCGCAGGAUAAGAUUUGAGCUACCAUCUAGUAAGGAGAAAGGAAAUGCUGCUAAGGUACGGAGGCGGACAGGGCAGAUGAUCCAUUGUCGUUUCUUCCCCGCCUGCCCAUUGGCUGUCAUACUUUGCCCUGGGAGGGAGGGAAGGAAUUAUUAUUUUGAGGUAAUUCACAGCGGUUUAAAAAAAGAAAGGGCGGGAUUCGAACACGCGACUCUGAUCAGAGACUGCUAA